CACCAAAAGAUAUAAGGUUGUAGUAAAAAUUUGUGAUGGGAAAAACUAUUACAAUGCUAUAAAUACAUGCAAGUCUUUGCAUAACCAAAAUGCCAAAUAACAUUGAUCAAGAAAAAAACCAAAGGAGAUAUGAACACUUUGCUUCCUCUUCUUCUUCCUUCUCAUCUUCAACUGUCACUUUAUUCAAUUUCCUUCACUACUUUCAUUCUCCUCCUCAUCUUCCUUCUCCAAAAAUGCCUUCGCUCCUCUCCACAAUCUUCACCUCCAUCUCCACCAAAGCUUCCGAUCUUCGGCCAUCUUCUCAAUCUCGGCUCCCUUCCCCAUCUCACUCUCCAAAACUACGCUCGUCUUCAUGGUCCUCUGUUUCUCCUCCGCCUCGGCUCUGUUCCCACACUCGUCGUUUCUGCCUCCGAUCUUGCUCGCGAUAUCAUGAAAACCCACGAUCUCGUCUUUGCAAACAGACCCAAAUCAAGCAUCAGCGACAAACUGCUCUACAGCUCCAGAGACGUCGCCGCUUCCCCUUAUGGUGAGUACUGGCGACAGAUGAAAAGCAUUUGCGUUCUUCAUCUGUUGAGCAACAAAAGGGUUCAAUCCUUUCGUCAUGUAAGAGAAGAAGAGGUUAAAUUGAUGAUUGAGAAGAUUGAGCAGAACCCAGUUGGGGUGAAUUUGACUGAGAUUUUCUCUGGAUUGACGAACGAUGUGGUCUGCAGAGUGGCUUUAGGGAGAAAAUACAGAGUGGGAGAAGAUGGAGUGAAGUUCAUGGGUUUGUUAAAGGAAUUUUCGAAAUUAUUGGGAAGUUUUAGUGUACGAGAUUUCAUUCCUUGGUUGGGUUGGAUCGAUUGGAUUUCUGGGUUGGAUGGUAAAGCAAACGGAGUAGCGAAAGAGUUGGAUAAGUUCUUUGACAGAGUGAUUGAAGAUCAUAUGAAUCCAGAAAACAGAGCUGACAUGAAGAAUUUUGAUGAGCAAAAGGAUUUGGUUGAUGUUUUGCUUUGGAUACAAAGAGAAAACUCCAUUGGUUUCCCCCUUGAGAUGAAGAACAUCAAAGCUCUAAUCUUGGACAUGUUUGCAGCAGGGACAGACACAGCUUACACGGUAUUGGAAUGGGCAAUGUCAGAAUUAUUGAAACACCCAGAAGUAAUGAAGAAACUGAAGAAUGAAAUCGGAGAAAUAAAAGGUGAACACAAAGGAAGCUAUAUAAAUGAGGAUGAUAUAGACAAAAUGGUAUAUCUUAAGGCAAUAAUCAAAGAAACAUUACGACUACACACACCCAUCCCUCUUCUCGUCCCAAGAGAAUCAAUCAAACCUGUAAAACUAAGAGGGUACGAUAUUAAACCUGGAACUCGAGUUAUGAUCAAUGCAUGGACAAUCGGGAGAGACCCAAAAGUAUGGGAAGAAGCAGAGAAAUUUCAACCAGAAAGAUUCUUGAACAGUUCAAUAGAUUUCAAGGGUCAAGAUUUUGAGUUGAUCCCAUUUGGUGCAGGAAGAAGAGGAUGUCCUGGAAUUGCGUUUGCAACUAUGGUUAUGGAGAUAGCUUUAGCAAAUUUAGUGCAUAAGUUCGAGUGGAUUUUGCCUAACGGUGAGGAUUUGGACAUGAGUGGAGCCUCUGGGUUAACCAUUCAUAGAAAGAUUCCACUUGUGGCCACAGCAGUUCCUUGUUAGAGGAACACAAAUCUAAAAUUUUAGUUCAAUACUAAGUUUUGUUUUAUGGUUUAGAGAAAGUUAAUAAUGUAUUUCUCUAUAGUUUAUAAUUAAAUUUGUAUUUAUAUUUGGGUAAAAA